AAGACGUAAUUUUAUUUCAUUGUACUAUUUAUACAAUUAUAUAAAAUGAAUGUGAAACCAAUUUUUUCUAAACCUAGAGAUAGUAUGUGGCAAGAAGAUAAGUCAGAUAUAGAAGCUCAUUCGUCUACACAAUUUGUUUAUAAUGCAUAUCAUUCUCUUGCACUUAAUAUGCAGCGUCAACGAUUACCUACAUUUAAGUAUAAAAGUCACAUUAUUUAUUUAUUGGAAAAAUAUCAAACAUUAGUUUUAAUUGGAGAAACUGGAUGUGGAAAGAGCACACAAUUACCUCAGUAUCUUCUCGAAGCAGGAUGGUGUUCAGAUGGAAAAAUAAUUGGCAUCACGGAACCAAGAAGAGUUGCAGCUACUUCUUUAGCUAAUCGUGUUGCUGAUGAACGCAAUUGUAUUUUAGGUACAGAAGUUGGUUACUCUAUACGUUUCGAUAAUUAUACGGACGAAACAACAAAAAUCAAGUACAUGACAGAAGGAAUUCUACUUCGAGAAUUAAUGAGCGAUCCUUUGCUGACAAGUUACUCUGUAAUUGUAGUAGAUGAAGUACAUGAAAGAACUCUUCUUACUGAUAUUAUUAUGGGACUUUUGAAAAAAAUAAUUCGGAAACGAAGAAGUUUGCGAAUUAUUGUUUGUUCUGCUACGGUUGAUGCAGAACAACUUCGAGAUUUUUUCAAUACAAAUACAACAAAAGAUUCAACGAAAGAUACUGCGGUUAUCCUUACUAUUGAAGGUAGAUUAUAUCCAGUAGAUAUUUUUUUUAUAAAAGAACCAGUGGCUAAUUAUGUGACUAGUGUCAUAGAUACUGUCAUGAAAAUUCAUGAAAACGAAGAACCUGGUGAUAUUUUAGCAUUUCUUACAGGUUUAGAUGAAGUAGACCGAGCAGUUUCUCUUUUAUCAGAGCAUGCAAAACUUAUAAAGGAAGGAAAAUUGAAACUUUUACCUCUAGCUAUGUAUGGAUCUCUUCCGAACUCAGAACAACUGAAAGUAUUUUGGAGAGCUGCCAAAGAUACUCGUAAAGUUAUUAUUGCGACGAAUAUCGCAGAAACAUCAAUUACUAUUCCAAAUAUAAUUUAUGUUAUUGAUUGUGGCUUUGUAAAAAUUCCAUGGUAUGAAACAGAAACUCAAACAAAUUCUCUUAUAAUUGUUCCGAUAUCUAAAGCCUCCGCAGAUCAACGUGCUGGUCGAGCAGGUCGUGUUCGAACAGGAAAAGCUUAUAGAUUGUACACAGAAAAAGCAUAUUCAGAACUAUUUGAGACAACACCGCCAGAAAUGCAACGUUCGGAUUUAGCACCUGCCAUCCUACAACUAAAAGCAUUAGGAAUUGAUAAUGUAUUAAGAUUUAACUUUCCUUCUGCUCCACCAAGUAAAAAUCUUCUUACUGGGCUGGAAUUACUUUAUGCAUUAGGAGCAAUUGAUAGUAAUGGAGAAUUAACAACACCAUUAGGUAUAACAAUGGCAGAAAUGCCAUUAGAACCUGUUUUAGCAAAAUCUCUUAUAGUAUCAGGUGAAAUGGGAUGUUCCGAAGAAAUAUCAACGAUUUUAGCAAUGCUUCAAGUACAAAAUGUUUUCAUAAGACCAGCAGGCGGCCAGGCUGCUAUAAAAGCAAGAAUAGCACAAAGAAAAUUUGAAGUUGAAGAGGGAGAUUUAUUAACAUUACUUAAUGUAUAUAUUGCAUAUGAAAAAAAUAAAACAAGUAGUUGGUGUCAAAAACAAUUUCUUAAUAAUAAAGCGUUGCGCAGAGCUAUGGAAAUUCGAACACAAAUGCAUUCUAUGAUGAAAAAAUUAAAUAUACCAUUGGUUUCAUGUAAUCGAAAUGUACAACAAAUUUUAAAAUGUAUAACCGCUGGACUUUUUUCAAAAGUGGCUUAUUUACAUUAUACUGGAACAUAUAAAACAAUACGUGGAAAUAAAGAUUUAUAUAUACAUCCAAAUAGUUGUUUAUAUACACUUCAGCAACCACAAUGGUUAUUAUUCUAUGAAGUUUUACAAACAAAUAAAACGUAUAUGAAGGAUAUAACUGUGAUCCAACCAGAAUGGUUAUUAGAAUUAGCACCUCAUUUUUAUGAAAAAACAUCUCUUGAUCCUAUUUAAUAUAAUUUUUAUAUAUUCUCAAAAUAAUUUAUUAAAUAAUUUAUUAAAGAAAAUAAAAAGUUUAAUUUGA